AUGGAAAUUGAAGUACGACAAGACAACGGAUUGUUUUACAAGGCUUUCGUGAAAUCCAUUAAGACAGAUACUGUCAUUGUGAGUUAUGGGAACGAUGCGAAAACUGAGGAGGUGAAAUUUGAUGAUUGUCGCUUGCCACCGCGUUCCGCAAAAGCUGAGACAUUGAAAGUGGGUGAUACUGUUGAAGCACUAAUGAAGCAGGAGGAUGAUGCUGUCUUCGGUUGGCAGAAAGCCAAAAUCAAAGAGUUAAAGGGGGAUUUAGCGGCAAUUGAAAGCGUUGAAGGGCCGCACCAUAUGGAUAUUGUUUCACUGGAACAUAUACGUACGUUGCUGGUCAAAUGUACUCCACUAAAACAAAGUCAGUUCAAACAUGCUAAAAUCGCUGUACCUGAAGAUCUCCGGGCAUAUUUCAAACGACCUGAGUCAUAUGCUGAUUUCGCAGCCACUGUCAAAAGUGUAUUUGUCGAAUAUGACGAGGAAAAUGGAAAUCUUCUUCUCUCCACAUUUGAAGAACAAGCAGUAAAGCGUGCAACGAUUCUUUCUGACAUGUACUUCAAGGAUUCUCGACAGAAGAUGCAACUUUUGCAACGUCAAGAGGAAGCUGCUCGUUUGUUAGAGAACACAUCGAUGCAUACGUCGGCUCAUGUGGAAGAAUUUACGGUACCUUUCAACUUAAUGGGUCUUGCGAUAGGGUCACAUGGAGCUAAUAUUCAAAGCGCACGAAACAUUGAUGGGGUCGAAGAUAUACAGCUCGUGGAAAGUAAUGAUGGUCAUACACCUGUACUUUUCAAGGUAUUUGCCCAAAAUGCUGAAGCCGCAGCUGCAGCACGUUCACAAUUGGAAUAUGCAGUGGAAUCGUUCGAGGUACCACGUGGAUUGGUUGGCAAAGUGAUCGGUAAAUCGGGUAAAACGAUUCAGGAUAUCGUGGAUAAAUCAGGUGUUAUACGCGUACAGAUUGAAGGUGGUGAUGAUCAAAACAGAGUUGAUGAGAAUCCUGAUGAACCAGUGCCAUUUGUUUUUACGGGUACAAAAGACGCAAUUUCCAUGGCAAAUCUGCUGAUCGAAUAUCAUUUGCGCCAUUUGAAAGAAAUGGAGGAAAUGCGGUUGAAUGUAGAUGAGAUGCAGCGGCAACUCUAUUCCAGGUCAACUCCUCCUCCCGCUGGAAUGAAUGGCAAUGGCUAUCGUUUUGAACGCGCUGGCUAUGAAGGAGGAAAUUUUGGAGGUGGACGUGGUGCGCCUUACAGAGGACGUGGACGUGGUGGUUCUUUUCGUGGUGGCUUUCGUCAAAAUAGGGGUGGUGGAGAUCAAGAUGAUCGACGUCGUCCAUUGGAUGAUGAAAAAGGAGGCGAAAAAGAAGAAAACGUAGAACGAGAUGCUCGUCGUAUUGGUUCUGGUCGUAUACGUGGUGGUCCUCGACGUGGAGGCAGGGGCCAUCCAGGACAGGUAGUAAAUGGAAGUGGUUAA